AUGGAUUAUCCAGGUUCAGCUCAACUCCUGUUAAAUAAGACCAAAUUUGUAGAAUACACCAUUUGUAAUAAAACUGUUGUCAUCCCAUGCUUUGUUAUUAAUGUUGGGGCACAAAGCACAAAAGAAAUGUAUGUAAAGUGGAAAUUUAAUGGAACAUAUAUUUUCAACUAUGAUGGAAAUCAAAAUAAUUCUACUGCAAAUGUGAACUUCUCAAGUGCAAAAAUUGCAGUCUCAAAAUUACUAAAAGGAGACGCCUCUUUGAAGAUGAGUAAGGAUGACAUUAAAGUAGGAAACUACACAUGUGAAGUAACGGAAUUAAGCAGAGAAGGAGAAACAGUUGUGGAAGUGAAGUACCGGAUGGUUUCAUGGUUUUCUCCAAAUGAAAAUAUUCUCAUUGUUAUUUUCCCAAUUUUGGCUAUACUGCUGUUCUGGGGACAAUUUGGUAUUUUAACACUUAAAUAUAAAUCCAAUUGUACAAGUAUGAAAAUCGUUCUUUUACUUAUCGCUGGACUGCUGCUCACGAUCAUUGUCAUCGUUGGAGCCAUUCUUUUCAUCCCAGGAGAAUAUUCAAUAAAGAAUUCUUUUGGACUUGGUUUCAUUGUAAUUUCAACAGGAAUAUUAAUACUACUUCAGUACAAUGUGUUUACGACAGCUUUUGGGAUGACCUCGUUCACCGUUGCCAUACUGAUCAUGCAGGUGCUGGGCUACGUGCUCGCUGUGGUUGGACUUUGUCUGUGUGUCACAGCAUGCGUACCAGUGCAUGGCCCUCUUCUGAUUUCAGGUUUGGGUAUCAUAGCUCUAGCAGAAUUACUUGGACUAGUUUAUAUGAAAUUUGUGGCUUCCAAUCAGAGGACUAUACAACCUCCUAGGAAAGCUGUAGAGGAACCCCUUAAUGCAUUUAAAGAAUCAAAAGGAAUGAUGAAUGAGGAAUAAUUGAAGCAAAGCGAUGAACUCUGGUUUGGAGAGUCAUAAGACGUGAAGGAAUACACUUGUGUUUAAGCACCAUGGCCUUUGAUGAUUCACUGAUGGGAAGAAGAAGAAAAAAAGUAACUGGUUUUCAUCUGUGGGAGAAAAGUCAUUGACCCAUAAAUGAUUAUUCCAGUUUUUAUUCAAAGCAGCUGUAAUUUAGUUAAUAAAAGAAGUAUGGUCUGUGUUUGUAUGCCUAAUUGAGAUAGUUUUCUGUUAUUAUUUUUAUUCCUUUAGGGGCAAAAGUAGGGGGGGCAACUUCCAAGAAUGAUACCUUUCAGAUCCUAGGACCUCAUAACUCCAGGUUUAAAUGGGUUCUGAGUGAGAAUCACCUGGCACUAACCUGGUGGCUACUCAGAGAUACCUGUGAAAAACGGUGGCUUCCAUCAAACAUGAGUAACUCAGGUUCUAGCAGCUUUGGCAGUUACACUGUUAGCUAAAUAAUGUAUCUGCUACUUCAGGUCAUUUGAACGGUGAUUUAAGUAGAGGCAGGAAUUUGGUCGGGAACACCUUGCGUGUACCUGUGUGUGCUGUGAUACUGAUGGAGACAGUGGUCUUCAUUCUUGGGGGUUGCCAUUCACUCAUUCCCCCUUCAACGUACGGUGUGAUAGAUCCUUCCCGGAUUUAGGGUACUUUUAUGAAUGGAUGUGUUUUACUUUUGUUCACGCUACCCUUUGUACCUUGUCUUGUCCCCAUGUCAACUUGCUUCUGCUGUACAAGAUGUAGCACUUUUUCUCCUCUUUGAACAUGGUCCAAUGACAUGGUAGAUCGUUGCAGAAAGGAGCCAGACUUACUCAGCGCACCGUGUUCACACCUCUGAGCAAAAAAUAGCUGUGGUUGUAACAUAUGUGUUCCCUUCCUCUGAUUUGAAGGCAGAAAUCUACAGUGUUUCUUCACUGCUUUUCUGAUUGGAGGCAUGAAAAAGCAAGACUGAAACCCGAACUAUGAGUCUCCUGCAUGGCCGCAUAAUGUGUGUCUCCAUCAGGCCCCAAGGCCGGCCCUCCCUCAGGCGGGCAGUUUGACUCCUGUUGUGUCUCUGUUGCAUGAUGAACACUCAUCCCUGUCCUCCUGUAGUCCCGCCUCCUCCUCUCCUGCCCUAAGAUUGAAAAGUAAAACACUGCCACAUUUCCGACCCCUCCACCCCACCCCCUUAGAAGAAAACUAACGUUCUGACAGUUGUGACCGCCUGGAGUACUUUUAGAUAAAUAGCGCUCGUUUUUUACCUCGUUUGUGAGUGUGUGUUUGUAUGUGCUCAUGUCUAAGGUAGGCACACGCCUCUUCUGUAAGCCCAAAAGUGCAGUACCUACAGGAGAGCCAAUGCUGACUUCGUACUUUUAGUAAAAACAUUUAAAACACAAAGGUCUUUAUUGGGUGGAAUUAUAUUUGAUGCAAAUAUUUGAUCACUUAAAACUUUAAAAACUUCUAGGUAAUUUGCAAAGCUUUUCGACUGCUCACCAGUACUCUCUAAAAUACUAGUAAUUGUUCCUGUUUGUGUAAUAAGACAUUCAUAUUUGUAGUGGCAUUACUAGUAGUUGUUUCUUAGUCCACUAAAUGUUUCCAUGUGCCUCUUUUAUGCCAAAUUUAUUGUAAUAUUUCAUGUUGGGACCAAGUGGUUUGCCCAUAGCAAACGUAAAUUUAUGACCUGCUAAGGCCUCUUGGAAACUGAACAACCUAUCAAAACAGAUCUUUCUGAAGAAAAAUAUGCCUGUGUGUUUUUUUCUCUUCCUCAAUUGCGUAACUGUCCAAAAUACUAGCCUAUGGCGAGGGAGCUGCAUUCCUUUAUACAAAUCUGAUGGCUCCUGCUGCUCUUUUUUCUUCUGAAAAUAUUUACACUUUGCUAAUAUUGUUACUUUAGAAAUCAGUUUUGAUGAAAGGAGGGGAAAAAGCAGAGGGACUUGAAAAAGAUCCAAACUCCUAUUCUCCGUUAAAGAAAGGUAUGAAAAUCUUUAUAGUCCACUUUUUUAUGCACUAAAGUUGUACCUUUUAAUAUAUGGUGAACGCUCCGUUAUUUGGGGUUUAACCCCUGGGUGUGACCAUCUGUUGAUUUCUCCUUAGUGCUGCCUGUCUAUUACGGCAUCCACUGCCCACUCAGUGCCACCAGAGGCAGCAGGGGAGAUGGCAGAGGAAACCAACUCUUCUCUUACUGCUCGUCAAUUUUUCGGGAUGGGGGACCACAGCAGCUGGAGUCUUCUAGCCUGGGCAUCAUUGGGCCAGUUCAUUCUCUUUAAAUCAGACUCAUAAUGGCUCCAAGUUUCUGCCACAUCAGAUUAAAUUGCUAGCAGUGUUUUGAGUAUUAUGUCUGUUUUGCCCCAUAAUACGCUUUUUAUUCAGACCCCCGUUUUUGACCAGUUGUAUUCAUGAUAUGUUCUCAGAGUGACACCGUUUCUCAUUCUCUGCAACCAUCUUUCCAGAGUGCUUGGCCAAAUUCAUUAAUUUUUUUUUCAACACUUCCGCUCCAGCCCUGCAUCCCGCGCCGCAUGUCCUUUGCAGUCUGCCGCGCCCGUCUAGCAGCCUCUUUCAUCUCUUACUUCUCUUCUCUGGUACUUCGUGUAUCUCUGCUUAGCCCUACUGGGGGUUUGUAUUCUCACUCAAUUAAAAGUUGCUGCCCUAGUGAGAGCUUUUCUUUUUUCCCUUCUGUCUUCCUGCGGUGUUGUGUGUACAUCAGACACUCGGUACACAAGUUUGAUGAUUGAGAUCUGGCUGUAUUUAUAUUUCUCACUGUUUUAAUAGGGUGAGCUAAAGAGUUUUCUUUUUUGACAAAUUUCACAUGCUCUGAAAACCAUAAAUGUAAUGAUUUUCCACCUGGAAAUUCCAUGUCCAUACUGUUUCAAUUCUUAAGAAUGUCAAUUUAAAUAAUGGGCCUAGGAUACUGUCAUCAGCUUAGUAAGUGACCAAGAAAAUUAUGAUUUGAGUUGAUAAAGCUCAAAAGUGAUAAGUUUACUCCUCAUCUUAUUAAUAAAAUGUUUAAAAUGUA